GACGGGCGUCCAAGCAGCAGACUGCCUGUUUUUUCACUGCGACCAUCCUUUCACUUUGCGAGCCUUUGCUUUCUUUACUUAUCUUACUCUUCCUCUCUCUUACUCCUUCCUCCCUCCUCCGUACUUACCACCCAACAUUACACUCUACCACAACUUCGAUCAACAUCCACCAUGUCGAUCAAGUCACACCCCAGACACCCCCCGGUCGUCAUGUCGACCAUCACCGAGCAGAUCGGCAACACCCCCCUCGUUCGUCUGAACAAGAUCCCUCAGUCGCUCGGUCUCAAGCCCACCAUCUACGCAAAGCUUGAGUUCUUCAAUGCUGGCGGCAGUGUCAAGGAUCGCAUCGCCCUGCGCAUGAUCGAAGCUGCCGAGGCCUCUGGCCGCAUCCACCCCGACAAGACCACCUUGAUCGAACCCACCUCCGGAAACACUGGCAUUGGUCUUGCCCUCGUCGGCGCCGUCAAGGGUUACAAGGUCAUCAUCACUCUCCCUGAGAAGAUGUCGCAAGAGAAGGUCGCCGUCCUCAAGGCUCUGGGUGCCGAGAUCAUCAGAACCCCCACACAGGCUGCCUACGACAGUCCCGAGAGUCACAUUGGUGUCGCCAGAAGACUGGAAAAGGAGAUCCCUGGCGCCGUCAUCCUGGACCAAUACAUCAACCCCGACAACCCCAGAGCCCACGAGCUCGGCACAGCUGAAGAGAUUUGGAAGCAGACCGAUGGCAAGAUCACUGCACUCGUCGCCGGUGCUGGCACUGGUGGCACCAUCACUGGUCUGGCCAGAGGAAUCAGAAAGCACAACAAGGACGUCAAGAUCAUCGCUGCCGACCCCCACGGCAGUAUCCUUGCUAUGCCCGCUGCCUUGAACGAUGACUUCAAGGACCAGCCCUACAAGGUCGAGGGUAUCGGCUACGACUUCAUUCCUGACGUCCUGGACCAGUCGGGUGUUGACACCUGGUUCAAGACCGACGACCGCACAAGUUUCGAGUACUCGAGAAAGCUGAUCAGAGAGGAGGGUCUCCUGGUUGGAGGAAGCAGUGGUAGUGCUAUGGCCGCCUGUGUCAAGGCCUGCACUGAACUCAAUCUCACCGAAGACGAUGUCGUUGUUGUCAUUCUGCCUGACAGCAUCAGAAGCUACUUGAGCAAGUUUGUCGACGAUGAUUGGUUGGCCGCCAACGACCUCCUCCCUCCUACUCCCCCGCUUUCCGCCCCUACCACACCUGUCGCAAAGUCCGAGGACGGCAAGAAUAAGGAUGGCUACGGUGAUGCCACCAUCAGAGAUCUGCGCUUGAAGCCCGUUACCACCAUCUCCGCAGACUCGCCAUGUGGAGACGCCAUUGAGACCAUGCGCGAGAAGGGCUUCGAUCAGCUCCCCGUCUCGGCCGGUACUGGCUCUCGUCUUGUCGGUCUUGUCACUCUCGGAAACCUUCUCUCAUACCUGUCAUCUGGUCGUGCAACUGGCAGCUCUCGCGUUAGCGAUGUCAUGUUCGACUUCACAAAGAUCAACGAGGUCGUGACUAACACUCAGGACAUCAGCAUCAAGACUCCUGAGGAGCGCAAGAAGGCAGCCACCAGCAGCGAGACUGAGAGCCACCCUCAACGCAGACAGUUUGUCGAGAUCACAAAGGACACCAAGCUGAGUGCCUUGAGUCGCUUCUUCGAGUGGAACAGCGCCGCCAUUGUCACCGAAAAGACAUCCGAGAAGGGUGGCUACAAGGCUAUGGCAGUUGUGACCAAGGUUGAUCUCCUUACUUGGUUGGUCAAGUCGUCGAAGAAGGAUUGAACUGAUUGAGAAGGGGUUAAUACGGGGGCGUUCAGGAGAGAUGGGACAGGAUCUUAGCAUCUGACAUGCUAGGGAGUCCAGCUUUUGCAUGCACAUCAGGAGGUAAUUUGAUGGCACAAGGACCUAUAGGUCCUUUUUAGAUAAGUAUACCCAUGCAUUUUCGUUUAUCCAGCAAGGUGUUCAGUCAUGUGUUUUUGAUUUAGAGAAA